AUGCAAAAUGGACAAUGUUCAAAAAGAUAUCCAAAGGAAUAUUAUGAUGCAACUUUUAUCAGAGGUGAUGGGUGGCCCUCCUAUCGAAGGUCUAAUAAUGGAGCAAAAGCUAAAGUUGGUCAGCAUGAUAUUAUGCUUGAUAAUCGUUAUAUCAUUCCCCAUAACUUAAAGCUUCUUGUCAAAUACGGGUAUCAUAUCAACGUUGAGUAUUGUAACCAAGGUACCUUGGUUAAAUAUCUUUUUAAUUAUCUGAAUAAAGGUCAUGAUCGUGCUACAGUUGUUUUAGAAGGUCCAAAUAGAACACAAUCAUUCGUAUCGAUGUUGCAACACGAAGAUGAGUUUGAAGAAUACAUCAAAUGUCGUUACAUUUCAAUAUCCGAAGCAUGCUGGAAAUUAUUGGGAUUUGAGAUGCACUAUCGUUCAGUUGCAGUAGGAAGACUGUCAUUUCAUGAAGAAAACUGUAAUAGAGUUUAUUUUAGAGAUGGGGAUGAUAUUGUAGAUGUUGUUGAAAGGACUACAGUUGCAACGUCCAAUUUUACUGAAUGGAUGACAGAAAAUCGGUUGUAUUCAGAGGCUCGAAAUUUAACAUAUGCAGAGUUUCCAACAAAAUUUACAUGA